AUGUAGGGACCCAGAAGUCUGGCUGCAACCACCUUGGCCCUUCUCCUGGCAUUUUCUGUCCUGAGAAACUCCAGCAGUGCUCCGCAGAGACUCUUUGAGAGAAGGAACUGGACUCCCCAAGCUAUGCUGUACCUGAGGGGAGCACAAGGCCGCCGCUUCAUCUCCGACCAGAGCCGCAGGAAGGGCGCCUUGGAGCGGCUGCCUCCGGAAAGACGAAGCUCAAAUCCCCAACUACUAACUCUUCCAGAGACAGCAGCCCUAUUACUGGCUUUGUUACAAAAACCACAAGAAGAGAGAGAAGAAAACUUUGAUCAAAGCAGAUUCCUAGAAGACAGUCUGCUAACCUGGUGA